AUGGCUCCAUCAUCUUGUAGAAGAAAAGGGUCCAGAAAAUCUUCAUCGUCAAGAAGGAAAAUCCUCAACAAGAACUCGUCCAAGAAUCGAAAGAACUCGAUAAUUAUCUUAACCGGCAACGAAUCAUCGAAAACCGAAGGGUCGGAAGGCGUUGCAGAUAAUAAUAAUAAUAAUAACGCCAGCAUUUGUUCCACCCCAAAAGCGGAAAGAUUCCGGUUAACCGAGAUGGGCACUUGCCCGCCGGCACCUAAGAAGACGAUAAGAGUACGGCUCAAAAAUUGUUCCUUAAAGAGAACGGUCCACAUGCCGUUUUUCGUGUCUCCAGAUAUCGACCUCUUCUUUUAUUUCGCGCUCCGUGGGUUUUGA